AUGCUCACCUCCGGUCUCACAAAUGCGCCCCUCACCAAAGCCCUCCUUAUUUACACGAUCGCCUCGUCGAUCGCUCUCUCCCUUUUCGACAUAAAACACCUCGCCGUGAUCUAUGUAUCGCCACAUUUCUGGCCCUAUGCCCAGUUCUGGCGUGCACUGGUGUGGCAUGUCGCUGGCUUCACCAAUUCCACCGAGGCCCUCUUCGCCGCGAUGCUAGUCUACCAUCUGCGGGUUGUCGAACGCGCGUGGGGGAAGCGGAAGAUGGCGACCUUCCUGCUCACCACACUACCCUACACGACUCUCCUCCCGCCAAUUAUCCUUACCCUCCUACUCUGCCCUGUAUCUCUGAACAAGCUCAAUUACCUCCCCUCCGGCCCAACUGCCACCAUCUUCGCCCUGUUGGCGCAGUAUCACGCCACCAUCCCAUACACAUACCGCUACCGCAUCGCGUCCACAUCCUCCCCCGACACAACAAACACCAACAAUACCGGCAAUGAUCCCUCCGCCGAAAAUGCCACACAGACAUCCCAAGCCAAACCUCCCGCACCAAGUCUAUCCCUCCUCCUCUCCGAUAAAUCAACCACCUAUAUUGUCGCUGCCCAGCUAGCCCUCUCCCAAUUCCCCGCGAUGCUUCUCCCGUCGGCCCUGGGCUGGAUCGUUGGUGUUGCAUGGCGCGCGGAGCUGCUACCGGGUCUAUCGCCGGCCAGCACCGGGUUCCGGGUUCCAGCUUGGGUGGUUGGUGAGCAAGAGCGGAGGAGUGGCUCUGGUUCUGGGCUUGGCGGUGCGGAGAGGGAAAGGUAUGAAGAUCUACGACGGAGGUUGGAGGGUGAAGUUGCUGCUUCGGCUUCGGGGUUAGAGGGAUCUGGUGCGCAGGCUCAGAGGCGUGCGAAUACUGCCGGCGAGGGUGGUGGGUUCGUUAAUCGAUUGAUACGGGAUUGGUAG